AUGUUGCAAUUUAAUAAGUGUACUGUCGCAUUCGCAUUGGCAACGUCUGUAAUGGCUUUGGAAUGUGUGGAUGGACCCGAUAAAAAAAAGCUACGACGCAGGAUUCGAACAAGGGCAACUGCAAUUCGAUGCAGCAUGGUCAUGCGUGAACAACAGGUGUUCAGCGGUGCAGGAUAUGUACGAUCAGGUAAAGGCAGCAGGACCAGGAAAAUCAGCACCACCGUGUCAAGUGGAGGGGUUCGCACUCGAAGACUGGGGCACGAGAAGAAUGUCCAGAGACUCCUGAAGGUUGUUCAAAUGUAG